AUGGCAUCACCAACAAUCAUCCUCCCCGGAGACACACUGCAAUUAUCACAGCCCAAUGCUCCUAAAUUAGGACCGAUCUUCAUCUAUGUCAUCACAGGCCCAAAUGACCUGGUAAUUGCCCAAAUACACCACUCGAGCCAGGAUUUCUUUCACUGCAUAAUAUCACUAAAUUCGCCCCAUGCAUUCCUCGGUCAGCUCUCCUUUGAAGGAGCAACGAAGAAAACAAGGCCGCAGCUUAAACCCGGCGAGCUAGUUUAUGCACGUAUUCUAUCUGUGGGCGUCGGUGCAGGCGGAGAGAUAGAGCUUACAUGUGUCAACACUGCAACUGGAAAGGCAGAGCCUGACGGACUCGGACCCUUGACCGGUGGGAUGGUUUUUGACGUUUCCACCCUCUUCGCCUCCAGGCUCAUGAUGACCGGUGCAGAAAGGAAAGAUGGCGCCGGCCCUGGUGGUGUUAUUGUUUUAGAAGAGCUAGGGAGGAAGUUUGAGAGCUAUGGUGGGUUUGAAGUUGCUGUUGGGCGGAACGGGAAGGUCUGGGUUGAUAGUUCUGCAGACGGUGAUGCUGGGGUUAUGAUUGUGGUUGCUAUUGGACGGUGUCUAAAAGAGACGGAUGAUAAGAGGCUGGACGUUUUAGAACAAAAGAAGCUGGUGUUGAAAGUGUUGAAGGAGAUGGGAAUGGGCAAAUGA